UAUCCCACUACCUUUCCCCAGGCAGAAGCAGCUGUGGAGCUUCGUUCACCGAGCUACUGUAAAGAAGACAAACAAAAAACAGCAAGAGGAUGAGAGAGAUUGUUCACAUCCAGGCUGGCCAAUGUGGCAACCAGAUCGGUGCCAAGUUUUGGGAGGUCAUUAGCGAUGAGCAUGGAAUUGACCCCAGCGGAAACUAUGUGGGUGACUCAGACUUGCAGGUGGAGAGAAUUAGUGUCUACUACAAUGAAGCAUCUUCUCUUAAAUAUGUACCCAGAGCCAUUUUAGUCGAUCUGGAACCAGGCACAAUGGACAGUGUCCGAUCAGGACCUUUUGGACAUCUUUUCAGACCAGACAAUUUUAUCUUUGGACAAAGUGGAGCUGGAAACAACUGGGCAAAGGGCCAUUACACAGAAGGUGCAGAGUUGGUGGAUUCAGUCCUUGAUGUAGUAAGGAAGGAAUGUGAAAAUUGUGACUGUUUGCAAGGCUUUCAACUUACUCACUCACUGGGUGGAGGUACAGGGUCUGGCAUGGGAACCCUCCUUAUUAGCAAAGUUCGUGAGGAAUACCCUGACAGAAUUAUGAACACAUUCAGCGUUGUUCCCUCUCCAAAAGUUUCUGACACAGUGGUUGAACCAUACAAUGCUACCCUCUCCAUCCACCAGCUUGUAGAAAACACUGAUGAAACCUACUGCAUUGAUAAUGAAGCUCUCUACGAUAUCUGCUUCAGGACCCUCAAACUUGCAACACCCACCUAUGGAGACCUUAACCACUUGGUAUCUGCUACCAUGAGCGGGGUCACCACUUCCCUGAGGUUUCCUGGACAGCUUAAUGCAGAUCUGAGGAAGCUUGCGGUGAAUAUGGUACCUUUCCCACGCCUACACUUCUUUAUGCCAGGAUUUGCUCCGCUCACAGCCCGAGGAAGCCAACAGUACAGGGCUCUGUCUGUCCCAGAACUCACCCAGCAGAUGUUUGAUGCCAAAAAUAUGAUGGCAGCUUGUGAUCCUCGUCAUGGUAGGUACCUGACAGUAGCCACUGUCUUCAGAGGCAAGAUGUCCAUGAAGGAAGUAGAUGAGCAAAUGUUGGCCAUCCAGAGCAAGAACAGCAGCUACUUUGUGGAAUGGAUCCCCAACAAUGUUAAAGUGGCUGUUUGUGAUAUCCCACCCCGUGGACUUAAGAUGUCCUCCACUUUCAUUGGAAACAGCACUGCUAUCCAGGAGCUUUUCAAGCGCAUCUCUGAGCAGUUCACAGCUAUGUUCCGUAGGAAGGCAUUCUUGCACUGGUACACGGGUGAGGGUAUGGAUGAGAUGGAGUUUACUGAAGCAGAGAGUAACAUGAAUGACCUUGUAUCUGAAUACCAACAGUACCAAGAUGCCACAGCAGAUGAAGAAGGAGAGAUGUAUGAGGAUGAUGAGGAAGAAUCUGAAGCACAAGGUCCAAAGUGAAACCUGAAUCAGUCAUUGUCUAAUGAGACAAUUUGAAAACCUAGUUUACCUUGGAUCUUCUGUUAUUGUGCUUUACUUGUCUUUACUACAAGGUAGCUCAGUCAUAGAUUACUUGCUUCUGGUAGCCUUGCCCUGUUUCCCUCUUUUUCACUCAGAAUUGGUCACCAAUCAAUUCUUUAAGUUCCGGAUAUUGAAAACUCCCCAGUUUAUUUUAAUAACACAGAUUCCUGAUUUUUUUUUUUACUGUUUUGCCAAUUUCUUUUGGAUAUUUAAUAAAUUAUUGCUGUGAAACA